UUGCUGGGCGAACUGCAGGAGUUGUUCCGCGAAUUCGAGGACGAUGAUGACGUUCGCGUGGUCGUGCUGCGCUCAGAGGGUCCGGUGUUCAGUUCCGGCCACGACCUGAAUGAGAUGAUCGACCGAGACGCCGAGGCCUACACCGCCGUCUUCGCGUUGUGCACCGAGGUAAUGGAGGCCAUCCGGCUGCUGCCCAAGCCGGUGAUCGCGCAGGUGCAGGGCCUCGCCACCGCUGCCGGCUGCCAGCUGGUCGCCACCUGCGACCUGGCUGUCGCCGCCGAGUCAGCGGCCUUUGCCACCCCCGGCGUGCAGAUCGGCCUGUUCUGCACCACCCCCGGCGUGGCGCUGGCCCGCUCCGUCGCCACGACCAAGAAGGCCAUGGAGAUGCUGCUGACCGGGACCCCCGUAAGCGCGUCCGAGGCGCUGGAGAUCGGCCUGAUCAACCGCGUGGUCCCCGAUGGUGAACUGGACGCCAACGUCGCCGCCCUGGCGCGGCAGAUAGCCUCCGCCAGCGCCCAGACCCUGGCUGUUGGGAAGCCCGCCUUCUACCGGCAGAUCGAACUGGACCGCCCGGCCGCCUACGACAUGGCCCAGAAAGUGAUGGUCGACAACCUGCUCAAGGAAGACGCCUACGAGGGCAUCACCGCCUUCCUCCACAAGCGCGACCCGGAGUGGAAGUACUGA